AUGUCUCACUUUCUAUUCAAUGGACAAUGCGGAUAUCUCUAUCAUUUAGCACUAUGCUCGUCUUUACUUCUAUUACGACUCUUCAACAGGAAGAAGAAACCUACAAUUGGUACACAUAUAGAAAGUUCUUCUGAUCUUACUCGUACUCCCAAUACUCCUCAUACAUCUAGUAAAAACCCCCGACGGCCCAAGCUCCUGUCUUCAGCAGUGGAGCGGAAGAGCGCGAAGAUCACAAAUGACGUCGCUUCUGUCGACACGUCUGUUCCCCCGAAUGCGACUUCUGGCCUUGAUGACAUCGGCAAUAGUACGAAUCCUGCUGUUCAUGCAAACGCGUCGGGAACCCCUACCGUUCCUGAUACUACAACUGAUGAUUUCCCUACUGCAAUUUAUAUACCAUUCAACGACAGCAAUACUUCUGCUAUUCCUCCCUUGAUCACAUUUACUCCUACUAGUUUCUUGCCUACACCCACGACUACUAGUGUUGAUACAGGGUUUGCUAGCCAGCAGCCUACCACUGCACCCACACAACCACUUCUAUUUUCAACUUCGACUUCAUCUGCCGUUCCGAGUUCGGUGGCUUCGCCCGGCUUUCAGAGCUCGGUGACUUCGUCCGACUUUCAGAGUUCAGAGACCUCGCCUGACUUACAGAGUUCGCCCACAACGGAUUCACUAACUACCGAAAAAAUUACAGACUGCCAGUAUGCUAGCAAUGAGACCGGUGCUCGUGAGGACACAUCGUGGCUACCUCUCAGAAGGGUUGCCACCGCUCUGAAUCCUCUCAUCUCUGAGCGCGUUGGCGCAGCUGCAAAUGCUUGGGGCGCUUCUUGCCUUGCUGCCGGGGUAGGAUCUACCCCAUUAUAA